AUGGAAAGCCCGCCUCCUGCGAGCCAUGUCGCAAAGACAAAGUCCGGUGUGAUCAUGCGCAUCCUUUUUGUUUCCGUCCUGGGCGAAGGAGACGGUGCGAAUGAGCUAGUCCCUCCCGCUGAUGAAAGCACUGCGGCGUCGUCUGUUCCAGCGUGGUGGGUGAAGAGAGCUAUCGAGGUCGUCGGCCAUCUCGUGGAAUUUCCUACUCUCAAGCAACUGAUACUGGAAUUCUACGGUGUCAGUCAGGCUGCCGUGAUUGCAGCACCUUUCGUCCUGACUGCACUAUCUCAGAUGCAGGAUACCUACCAUGCGUACCAGCUGGGUCAAGGGGAGACAGAAAUUCCGGCGUUGGUCGCAACCGUCCUUGACAACACGAGGCAGAAAUUUAAUGUCCCGCCUACGGUGGACGGAGCGCACUUCCACAGGCUCUACACAGGCUCUUGCCUGCGUUUGGAGAUACUUGGCGUUGUUUAUGCUCUGGCAGGUCGAGCGAGUCAAUUCGGGUUGGGGCGACCGAAGAACAAGCUCCUGUCCUCACGCUUUGCGCGCAGGAUGCUCUCGGCGAGUGACACCGCACUUGAAACGUGCAAAUAUCUAUCGCCUGUGAAUGACCUUACGCUCUGGCUACUCCACGAAAAUCUUCUCUUGUCCACGUUGGUCCUUGGUCACUUGAGCUCAGUGACCUGGCAUCGGCUAGGCGAACUCGCGACAUGCAUUUUCGAGCUUGGUUUGCACCGGGAUUCGGAUGAACGCACUGAUCUUCCGGACUUCCUGCUGGAGUCCAGACGCAGGCUAUUCGCCGCUGUCUAUCAAUGGGACAAGAGUAUUGCGACCUUCCUGGGCCGACCGCCCCGGAUCUCGUGGAGACAUUCUGAUUGCCGUCUGCCUCUCGAUAUCAGCGAUGAGGCUCUUACUGGGAGUAGAGAGCUUGCGCAACGAUCAGUGACGGCGGAAGGGUGGAGUUUUCAUGCUGUCUACCAGCGUUCAGGCUGGAUCCGACUGCGCUUCCUUAUCAGCACGUUUCGGGAGGAAAUCCUGGAGCUGUCCUUGACGAAGUCCAGCGAGGACCGGGACGAGCAAUUGAGAGACGUCUCCCGCCGUAGCCACCAGGCCUGGGACUCGGUACCUAGUCAUCUUCACUAUACAGAGGACUGCUGGAACACUCAUCAACCGAUUAGCGUCAAGGUCAUGCUCAUUGUCUCAUACCUGGCGUUUCUCUACAAUGAGUUUCUAGUGCAGCGGCUGUUGGUUCUCAACAGCACAGAAUAUAGCACUGCAUUGGUCGAUGUGAGUUCGACCAUCCUCUCGACAGUCUUGACCUUUGGCAGACAACAGGAAUGGGCGGUUGAUAUCCAUCGCGACUUUAUCUGGACACUUCUUCUCUACGGCUUUCCCAGCGCGAGUGUUUUACUCAGAGCGCUCCAAAUGCACGCCAGUACAAAUCAGUUACCGAGCGUUUAUCCUCGAGGCAUUCUCGUUCGGCACAUCAGUGUCUUUAUCUCGCAUCUCGAGUCAAUGACCGGGCCAGGCACCGCCAACAAUGCAUUUUUCAGCCGAGCGACUCGAGUCUUCUCUCGCAUCAUGGACGAAAUUCUCGCGCCCGAAGCGGCGACUACAACUGAAACCUCUGCUGUAGAUUCUGUGGAUGAUCUAGACGUCUCCUUGUUUUCCGAUUUUGAGGGAGUCGGCCUCUUGGAUACAAUGGAUUUCGCAUCCGUCCUUGAUCAAGUUUGGUAUUAG